AUGUCUUCCAAACCUGCUUCCUCAAAGACACCUUCCGUCAACCAGUCGAAUCUCGACCUCGAAAAGCAAAACUCGUCCACUGCUGGUGACGCUGCCACUGCCGUUGGUCACGGUGACAACUCCGUGUCUGAAAAAGAAGAUACAGUCCCUCCCAUCAAGGGCGCAUCCGUUGGCUUUGCUCCUCAAGAGACGCCCACAUAUAUCCCAGCGGAUGGCUCUGAUCCAGCUGCCACACGUCCAACGCGCACCUUCUCUCGACGUGAAUGCAGCGGGGCCAACGACACAGCACAUCCCUUCGGUGGUGAUCUCGAACGUGCCGAAACCGAAAACCAUCUCGAACGAUUCCAGUCACAAGCGGGCAAAGAAACUGUCAUCGUUCAUUGGGAAGGCGAAAACGACUCUGAAAACCCUUUCACGUGGUCAAGAGCCUACCGAUGGUACCUUACCAUGCUCGGUGGUCUUCUCGUCUUGAACUCCACCUUCACCUCUUCUGCACCUUCCGGUAUCAUCCCACAACUCGAGGCAGAGUUCGGUUUCGGUCGUGAAGUUGCCAUUCUCAGCUUGUCCAUCUUCGUUGCAGGUUACUGUCUCGGUCCUCUCCUCUGGGGUCCCCUUUCCGAACAAUUUGGACGUAAACCCGUCUUUAUCGCUGCUAUGCUCGUCUACACUUGCUUCAACGUCGGUUGCGCACUUUCCAAGAACACUGCUUCCAUCCUUGUCUUCCGUUUCCUCGCUGGCACAUUCGCCGCUUCGCCAUUAACCAACUCUGGCGGUCUGAUCGCCGACCUGUGGGAUGCAAAGACUCGUGGUAUCGCUCUCUCGCUCUUCUCGUUGGCUCCUUUCGCAGGGCCAGCACUCGGACCUAUCGUUUCUGGAUUUAUCGCCGUUAGCGGUACAUCUUGGAGAUGGCUCUUCUGGGUCUGCACCAUCUUCUCUGGUGUCUGCCUUGCAUUGGUCAUCUUUACUCUGCCAGAGACGUAUGCUCCCAUCAUCUUGUUGAGGAAGGCUCGCAGGAUUCGGAAGGAGACCGGUGAUGACCGAUACAAGGCUCCUAUCGAACUCGUCAAGAUCGAAUGGAAGGACCGCAUCAACAAGACUUUGCUCAAGCCUUUCAUCAUGCUUGGUCAGGAACCAAUGUUGCUCGUCAUGACUAUCUACUUGAGUUUUGUUUAUGGUGUGGUGUAUUUACUUUUUGAGGCCUAUCCCAUCGUCUUCUCACUUGGUCAUGGUUUCAACGCUGGCAUAUCGGGUGUCAUGUUCGUUCCCUUCUUCCUCGGAGGAUGUGCCGCCGUAGCACUCUACAUCGCCUAUUUCAACCCUCGAUACUCCAGGACAGCCGAUAAACUCAAGUCCGAGGGAGUCAACCGGGUCCCACCCGAGGAGCGACUUUACCCCAUCAUGCUCGCUGGUCCUUGCUUGGCCAUCGCAUUCUUCUGGUUCGGUUGGACUUCCUACCCUUCGAUCAGCUUCUGGUCUCCCAUGAUGGCAGGUAGCUUGAUCGGCUUCGGUGUCUUGUUUUGCUUCUUGGGCGUCUUCAACUACCUCAUCGACGUCUACCUGAUGAACGCAGCUUCGGCUUUGGCUGCCAACACUGUUUGCCGUUCCGCAGCAGGUUUCGGCUUCCCUCUCUUUGCCACUCAAAUGUUCGAGACAUUGAACCCAAGAUGGGCUUCAACGUUGCUAGGAUUCAUCGCAUUGCUCAUGGUACCGGUUCCUUUCUUGUUGUACAAGCAGGGACCUAGAAUUCGUGGCUUAUCUAAGCACGCCAUGUAA